CUUUACCGUACACCUACAUAUUUGAGGACUGCCGAAGACGGUAAAACGGCAGGCGCGCUGCAGCACUUUGAACUCACCAAUGCGGCGGCCUAUUGGCCACAAUGACCGGACUGUUGUCGUCAUCGAUAUUGACUUCUGCCUCUUCCAGCAACAGGCCCAUACGUCAUAGGCACAGGUAAAAACCCAAGCCGAAAGCCUUAGCUGAAUCACCAGAAACACGGAAAAGAAAAAUUCCAAAAUGACAGACAAGGGACAAUUCGAGAGUGGCCACAACAUCCCGGUCACUCAUCAGAGCUUCCCCGGCAAGGAGACCGCGAUGCCGAACCCGCAGCCCCUGUGGGAUGAGAUUCCUACCGCUGACGGGAAGAGCCAGAAGUACCGCGCUGCCGGAAAACUCAAGGGCAAGAAGGCUAUCAUCACCGGAGGGGACUCUGGCAUUGGGCGCGCGAGCGCCAUCCUCUUUGCCAUGGAGGGAGCCGACUCAGUCAUCGCAUAUCUUCCCGAGGAGGAGGAGGAUGCGCAGGAAACCAAGAGAAGGGUCGAGGCGUACGGUCAGAAGUGCCACUUGGUGUCUACGGAUCUUCGCGACAGGGAAAACUGCAAGAAACUGGUUGAUGAGGCUGUCAAGAUCUUCAAUGGCCAAAUCGACAUCCUUUUCAACAACGCUGCCUACCAGAUGGUAGUCGAUGACAUUAAGGAUCUGUCAGAGGACCAGUGGAUCAACACCUUCAACACCAACAUUCACCCCUACUUCUACCUGGCCAAGUAUUCUUUGCCAUACAUGAAGCGCGGAAGCACUAUUAUCAACAACGCCAGCAUCAACGCCUACAUCGGUCGUCCCGACCUUCUCGAUUACACAUCCACCAAGGGCGCAAUCGUGGCCUUCACUCGCGGCCUGAGCAAUCAGCAGGCUGGAAACGGCAUCCGCGUCAAUGCUGUUGCCCCCGGACCCGUUUGGACACCUCUCAUCCCAUCAACCAUGAAGGGGGAGAACCAGGAGCAGUUCGGAUCCACACCCUUGGGUCGUCCUGCUCAGCCCAGUGAGGUUGCUACUGCAGUUGUCUUCUUGGCCAGCGAGGAUAGCAGCGCUUUCAGUGGGCAAACGUUGCACCCCAACAUGGGAACUGUCGUCAGCGGUUAAGUCAAUAACGGCGGUUAGUCACGAAGAGAGGUUUCGGAUGAGUCGACGUUGCAUUAUCACAGGCUGUGAUUCAUGAGGAAGGGUGGAUAAGACAUCCUGAACGACACG